ACAUGUCUGUGCUACUGACAUACAUUCAGGCGUUACAGCAAGGGGCAGUAGGUCAUAGGAUGCCUCAGGCAUGUUAAGUUGAAUGUGAUUUACCUGUCCAUAGUUAUGUCACUUUCUGCGCUAAGCCUAAUCAAAGUCUAGACAGCCAGGCUGGGUGACUAUGUUGGCCCACUUUGCCAGGUUCAAGUAUUAUGCAGGAGCUGUUGUCUGAAAAUGGUAAUGAGACCAUAAGACAAUUUUUUCGAUACGUAAUUUCCAAAUUUAUGACCAUUGCUAACAAGAAGUAUUUGUUUUGUAAUGUAACUACUCACCUUGUAUGUCACUAUUAAACCAUAAAACGUUGAAUAUACAUACACUGUAGUCGAAUAACCGUACGUACAUUUUCUACGAUUGCACUGGUAGCAAAUUAUUUUUUUCGUGUCGUAUGUGUUCUUAACCUUGCCUUUAAAACAGCCCAAACGUUAAGUUUGCUAUCAUUACAGCUCUAUCGACAUUGUAGUGCAGUCCAAGCAUAUAACCUGAAAAAAUGAAAUGCAAGCGAGCAUCGAUGUUUUAUACAAUGUAUCCUUAAUGUAACAAUUAAACAAACCACUUCCACGCGACGGACUAGACAAGUUACAAAACUGACUUGUUUUGUAACAGUUUUAUAAACGUAUCCAAUGAGGACAGCCGAUGAUAGUCACAUGACCCUUAUGUAACAUUUUCCCCCUCUAAGAUACUCCAAGUACAGAGCGGCGAUGGCUUUCGUAGUGAGAUACGAAAGGAAUAGGGGACGAAGAGUCAUGAAAAUGGGAGUGAUACCACCGUCUCUUGACCAGCCUUUACCUCCGAAUAAGGGACAUUAGAUUAAUAGCGACUCAGACUGUAUACAAAAUGGGAACAGAGAGCAUGGAAAGCAAUGUCAUGCUACAGCUUGCCGCUGAAGCCUUCCAAGCUAAAAACUUUGAGCUUGCCGCUGAGAUCUACGAAUGCCAACUAGUGGAUUAUAGCGAUGUUGUCAGUCAUCACGAGCUGCUUGUGAAAUGGGCUGAUGCUCUAGCUUUUGGUGGCAAGCUAAGCGAAGCCCUCGAGAUCUACCAGAAAGCUUCCAAAAUCACCAGGCUACGACCUACGCACCUGGAAAAUCUCAUCGUAUAUCUGACCAACAGCAUUAGAAGCAAAGAGGGCUUUGCCGGUCAAAAGUUCCUACAAGGACAAGUGGAAGGAUGUGGCAAUGAUGCAUUUGUUUGCCGAAUUUGUGAGGGAUUUCUGUACGAGCCGGUUACCUUGCCUUGUGGACACUGCUUUUGUAAAAAGUGCCUGGACAAAGAAAAGAAGCCAGUUUGCUGCAGAGAGUGUAAAGACAACUCCAGGCUCACUGAUCUACCGAAUUACAGAGUUAAUGUAGUUCUUAGCAACUUGUUGGCAAAGUGGUUUCCUUCUCAGUUGCUUGCAGUGCAACUCAGGCACGAGGGAAAUGCAUUGUAUGCAGAGAAGAAGCUGGAAGUUGCUUUAGAAAAGUACAAUGAAGCCAUUGCUAUAGCUCCUAGGGAUCACUUGCUCUUUAUCAACCACUCCUUGAUAAACUCCAGUCUAAAAAACAAUGAAGAUGCCCUUACUGAUGCAGAGAUGGCCUGUAAACUCCAACCUUAUUGGCUGAAGGGACAUCUGAGGAAAGCACAAGCACUAGAGGCACUGGGCAAAACAGAAGAGGCUUUAACAGAAUGCCUGUUCUGCAUUGCUUUAGACUCAGAAAACAGACUGGCCAAUUUAGAAGCUCAAAGGCUGCUUAGUGACAUCUUUGAUCCAGUUCCCAAUCAAGUCCAGGAGGGAAUACCAGACUACAUCCAUCUGCUGUCCUCAAGGACAAGGGUAAAGGGAGGUCUGACAACCACUUUCAGCUCCAACUGCAGCACAAGCUCCCCAGGGCUCUACAAGGACAAUUGUAUAAAUGACAACAGCUUUACCUCGCUCGGGAAAUCAACGUUGCUGUCAGCUCAGAGCUGCACAAGAAAGACUGGCUCCACAGAUUUCAAGGCGUGCUCUGGGGACAGAAAUGAAAAGGGGGAUUUCGGUGGUGUUCAUGGCCCGUCUGCAAUCAUCAGAGGCCAGCUCACCAAGCGUAAACAGGUCUGGGGAGAGGAAGGCAGUGCAGGAAGUGAUGGGUCGUCGUGCAAGCGCUUGAAGUCGGAAGCGAAAGUAGAGACAACUUCUUGGUGUCCAGUGGCCAGUGAACUCAUCGAUGCUUCUGACUUGGAGUGCUCCUUGUGCAUGAGGCUUUUCUAUGAACCAGUCACCACUCCCUGUGGCCACUCCUUCUGCCUGAAAUGCCUGGAGAGAUGCUUGGACCAUAAUUCCAAGUGUCCACUAUGCAAGGAGGAUCUCUCUGAGUAUUUGGCUCAGAGGCGAUAUAGUAAAACCCUUCUGAUGGAAAACCUCAUUGCCAACUAUCUUCCAGAGGAGCUAGCUGAGAGACAGAUCAUCGACAAGGAGGAAAUUGCUGAGCUGUCCAAUUUGAACAAGAACGUGCCAAUAUUUGUCUGCACCAUGGCCUUUCCCACGGUACCUUGCCCCCUGCACAUAUAUGAGCCCUGCUACCGGCUUAUGGUGCGCCGAUGCAUGGAGACUGGGACCAACCAGUUUGGCAUGUGCCUCAGCGAUUCUGUUAAUGGAUUUGCCACUUACGGCUGCAUAUUGGAGAUACGAAACGUUGAGUUCUUCGCAGAUGGUCGCUCUGUUGUGGACACGAUCGGCAGACGGAGAUUCAAAGUAAUCCAGCACCGUAAACGAGAUGGCUAUAACACUGCGGACAUUGAGUACCUGGAAGACAAGAAAGUGGGUGGAGCAGAAGAGGCCGAGCUGAGAACCCUCCAUAAUCGUGUGUAUGAUCAGGCCUUGUCCUGGGUCAACUCCCUCAAGGCCCAACAGAAGGAGCGCAUCGUUGGCCACUUUGGACCCAUGCCGGAGAAGGACCUAGACCCACAGAUCAGCCCCAAUGGGCCGUCCUGGUGCUGGUGGCUCUUGGCGGUCAUGCCCCUGGAGGGCCGAGCCCAGCUGCCCUUCUUGGCUCUCACCUCCCUCAAGGAUCGCCUGACGGGUAUUCGGAGGGUGCUGGUCUUCAUGUCCCGAAGCCGGUCCCGGUGACUUCCCCUUCUUCCCGCCCGUUCUUCCUGUCAUCACAUGUGCAUACAUUCACUUCUGUCUCCGCAUAUCUGUGUAGGCCUCUUCACACAGCUUAAUGCUUCCCACACAACCAGUGCCUCUCAACCAAUGGGUUUUGAAAAAUGGAAACCAUCUAAUGUUUACAUUACAUUCAGUUUCAAUUCAUGAACCCAGGUGUGCAUUUCAUGUAGAAACUGCAUCCAUAAGUGAGGGAUUUAUUCUUCAUCAUUUAUUUUUUUAGGUCAUAUUUUAGCAUGAUUUCCAUCACAGCUAUAUGGUUGUAAUGAGACCAGUGUGCUUUGUACAUCAUGGCAGAGAUGUGUUCUUUGCUGUCUCAUUAUUAAAAGAAAAGGGUUUUGCCAGUUCACACUUUCACUGUGAAAUAACUUCCGCAUCAAGUUUUUAGUGGUCAAUAAAUAAAAAAAGGUUUAGUAACUACUGCUUCUUAUUUUAUGGUACAGAAUUAUUAUUUAUUAUUUGGAGUCUGAAGUCAACCUAAUGGAACUUCACCCAAUAAAGUAAGAAAUGCUGCUAUGGUAAAAUGUGGACACUUCAACCACAGCUGUAUCCACUCAUUACCAAAUAUUUAACUAUAUGUAUAUUUUAAAAAUCCUUUUACUAUUCUCAUUUCAUUUUAAUAGUUGUAUGGGCCAGAACUGAAAGAAUAAAGAAAGGCUGUAAUCGUUUGCAGCCUGCUGAAAGAUGUGUAGCAUAUCAGCAUGGGACAGUUCACUGUCAGCAAGACAGUGAUAGCUUCUGCGGUUUUAUCUUUGGGUUACAACAUUAAAUAUGCACCGAAUGUAUCCAGUAAAAUAAUAGUAUUGUUCAGUUUAAAAAAAUGUUAAACAAACCACAAGUCUCUAAGCCAAAACAGCAGAGAGUUGAAACAAGAUUAUUCCUCUUAAAUUUUUUUAAAGGGCAAAGAAAUUAGGUGUAUUACUAUUUACAAGAGUUUGUGAAAAUGUAUCAUUAUUUUCAGACAUUAAAUGACAUAUUCCGACCUAAGUUGUAAUACAUUUAAGUUUUUGGAAUUGUAGCAUUUUAGUCUUACUGCCUAUUUCUUUUCUAUGCAAGUGAUUGUCAAUUAGAUAAACUUUUAAAAAGAAAAAGAAAAAAAAUCUCACAUUAUGUUGCAUUCCUGAUUUGCACUACACUGAGGGAAAUAACCUCUUAUCUUGAGAUGCAAAUGUGUGCAUUUCAGAGCAGUUUAAGUGCUGUGAAAGUUUUGAGUGUUUUCACAAAGUUUUCACUUAAACAGGAAAUGUGUCUUGUACUGACUCUCCAGAUCUUUAUGGU